UAAUGAGGGGAGGGAUUGUAAAUGUUCUUCAGUGGAGUGAGGAGGGGGAAAAGUGAUAUAAGCCUGAACAUGUGAUUAGCCCAAUUAAUGAGUGAGCAAGGAAGAGGGAUUUCUUUUUUUUUUGCCUUGGUUUGUUUGAGGAGGGACACUAGGAUGAAUAGUACUACGGUGCUUUUAGCAGCUGGCACCCUGCUUCUGGUACUCCGUACUUCCUACGGACAGUUUCCCAGGGCUUGUAGUACAGCACAGGUCCUCUUAAGCAAGGAAUGUUGCCCAAUCUGGCCAGGAGAUAAUUCUCCAUGUGGAGAAGCCUCAGGCAGAGGAUCAUGCCAAGAUGUAGUCAUCUCCAACUCCCCUGUGGGCACCCAGUUCCCUUUCUUGGGCAUUGACGACCGUGAAAAUUGGCCCAUUGUCUUUUAUAACAGGACUUGCCAAUGCCAGGGUAACUUCACGGGCUACAAUUGUGGUGAGUGCAGGUUUGGCUACGCUGGACCAAACUGCACCAUCAGGCGCAACUUGAUCAGAAAGGAGAUCUUCAAGAUGACCACGGCUGAAAAGGACAAGUUCAUCGCCUAUCUCAACUUGGCCAAGCGUACCAUCAGCCCAGACUAUGUUAUUUCCACCGCCACUUACGAGCAGAUGAACAAUGGUUCCAAUCCGAUGUUCGCGGAUAUCAAUGUCUAUGAUCUGUUUGUGUGGAUGCAUUACUAUGCCUCCAGAGAUGCUUUCUUGGAAGGUGGUGGCGUGUGGGCAAACAUUGACUUUGCCCAUGAGGCUCCUGGCUUUUUGCCUUGGCACAGGUUCUUUCUGCUGCUUUGGGAACGGCAAAUCCAAAAGGUGGCGGGCGAUGACAAUUUCACUAUUCCCUUUUGGGAUUGGAGAGAUGCCCAGCAGUGUGAGGUCUGCACUGAUGAGUUUUUUGGGGGUACACAUCCUACCGGCAACAACCUCCUCAGCCCAGCUUCCUUCUUCUCCUCCUGGCAGGUUAUUUGCAGUCAGCCGGAGGAGUAUAACCGCCUGAGAAUUUUGUGUAACGGCACAAAUGAAGGUCCCCUAUUGCGUAGCCCUGGAAACCAUGACACAAGCCGGACUCCCCGGUUGCCCACCUCUGCGGAAGUGGAGGCCUGUGUAUCCAUAACCGAAUAUGAGACUGGAGCCAUGGAUCGAUCUGCCAACCUCAGCUUCAGGAACACUUUAGAAGGGUUUGCUGUUCCAACAUCAGGAAUUGCGAGCAGAGGACAGAGCACAAUGCACAAUUCCCUUCAUGUCUAUCUGAACGGCUCCAUGUCCUCCGUUCAGGGAUCUGCAAAUGACCCCAUCUUUGUUCUUCACCACUCAUUCGUCGAUAGCAUCUUUGAACAAUGGCUCAGAAGACAUCAACCCUCAUUGGAUGUUUUCCCAGAAGCCAAUGCACCCGUUGGACACAAUCGGGCAUACAACAUGGUUCCAUUUAUUCCAUUGUAUACUAAUGGAGAGUUCUUUGUCCAGUCAAGAGACCUGGGUUAUGAAUAUGAUUACUUGGCAGAAUCAGCAAUUGGUUCCAUUGAAGACUUCCUGUUGCCCUAUUUGGAGCAAGCAAGACAAAUCUGGCAGUGGCUUGUUGGAGCGGCAUUGGUGGGAGGGUUGAUCACUGCUGUGAUUGCAACCAUUAUCAGCCUAAUGUGCCGGAAAAAAAGGAAACCCAUCUCAGAGGAGACCCGACCACUUCUCAUGGAGGCCGAAGACUACCACGCCACUUACCAAUCCAACCUAUGAUACAUGGGUGCCAGUUAAAUUUGAAGUAUUGACCUGUACUAGUGUGUUUGCAUAUCUACGUGUCGGCAAUUUUGUGGGCUAAACAAAUGUCUGGGAAAGUGGUCUACACUCCCCCACUGAAAAGGACAUCUGUGUUUUUGUUUAGGUUACACAAUAGCUGACUG